GGGGGGGGGAGGACCCAUUCUUUGCCCACCACCAGCACCACGCGAGGAAUCUCUUGCCAAUAUGCUGCUGCGCACUCCGUUGCUUGAUCCCCCUGGUCGAUGAUCCAUCCCCAUCGCCCUUUCGCAGCCCAAAAGCAGCAGCAAGCAGCAGGGGCUUUGUCGUAAUUUAGCCGCACCUACAUCCCACUUGGCAAUUGGGUGUGGACCGCCUCUGGUCUCGGAUCUCUCUGGGUGUUCUAUUCCUGGACCUCUCUCACCGGAAGGGAGGGUGAGUCACAGAUGCGGCUGGGAUUUAUUCUGUAGCAUUGUGGAUGGGUUGGGCUUGCCUUGCCUUGCCUUGCCUCAGACAGAGUCCGUCAGUCACUCACUCACUCACUCUCAGAGUCUUGGAUACGGAGAGAUGGAGUAAAGGAUGGAAGAAGGAACAGGGUUGAAUACGUCGGGUCUCUCUCCUCAUGAUUCCUUUUUGGAUUAGUUCCUCUUGGUGUAGAUCUCCAGGUGUUGGAAGAUGCUGGAAUUUGUCAACCGUUACGAUUACGGACUUGUGUGUGAAGGUUGUUUGCGAAGAACACUUCAAAGUCGUGAUUAUACAAGCAGAGCCCUGUUGAUUGCUUGGAUUGCAUGUCUUGUUACAGGAGUCUGAAGUGUAGGACUUCUAAGGGCUGGCGAUUUCUAUUAUAUGCAACAAAGAAACAGCUGUAGAUUUUGGAUCAGUUUACUGCAAUCGGCCCUUAGCAAUCCAAAAGCGGAUAAUCGUGAUGGACGAGGGUAAUGGGGAGCUGAGUUUAGAGAACAGAGUCGCAGAUGGAGAGAAGCAGGUGUCACCCGUUCGUGAAAGCAGGCUUGCUGCAUUGCGAAGGGCAGAUUCUGUCCUGCAAGGUGGAUAUUCGAGCUCAGGGCGUACUUCACCCACUCUUUUACAGCGCUCGAACUCCAUGAACACAGAGAAAGCACAAUGGUCAAGUUCACCACAAUCGGGCGUCUCUUCUCCAACCACGCGCAGCCGACAGAGUGGUUCCCUUCGACUACAAGGUUCACCUUCCAGUCCUAGAAGUGAUCUACUCUCCUGGUCUCACUCUCCACAUCCUCGAUCUCCGCGGGCUUUGACUCCUGAAUCUGCGCUGGUAGAAUCAAGGGGUAGUCCGAGAUUUCGAUCCACAACAUCCGGCCAGUUGGUCUUUCAUCAGUUUACUAGAAGUGGUACAUUUUCAAAGAAAGGACGCGGACGCCUACUCAAGAAAGGUGGCACAUUGUUUUUCGUUGUACUAUUUGUGUGGUUUGCACUUGAUUGGUGGUAUCUCUCCACUUUCGAACAGCCUGCUCCGCAAUUUCGCAAGAAUUUGAGGACUUCACAAGCAAACAAUGUACAUGGGGAAGGUACCAACAAUCGAUCUUCUAUUGUCGUAUAUGAACGGCUGAUUGCUUUGGCAGCACAUGGACUUGCUGAGAAUGAACUCAGUCCUGAGCCUGACGAUUUAUGGGUGGAGCCAACCCAAAAUACUACAUGGCUUCCUUGUGCACAUCAAAGACUCGAAGACCACAUUCCUCCUCCAUCACCUGAAAAUUCCACAGGCUACAUCAUGAUCAGUGCUAAUGGAGGCCUUAACCAGCAGCGUGUUGCGAUUUGUAAUGGUGUGGCGGUGGCACGCUUACUGAACGCCACUCUAGUUUUGCCUACGUUUUUAUUCAACAGUGUUUGGAGGGACUCAAGCCAGUUUGGAGAUAUAUACGAGGAAAAUUAUUUUAUUGACUACCUUAAAGAUGACGUACGAAUAGUGAAAGAGCUGCCACCUGAGCUUAAAGCUUUAGAUCUUGAAGCUAUUGAAGCUGUGAUGACAGAAUUUGAUAUUCCGAAGGAAGCCAAGCCCAGUUUCUACCUCAAUCAGGUUCUUCCUCUGUUAUUGCGGACACGGGUGGUGCUUUUUGAAGGUUUUGGCAAUCGUUUGGGUUUUGAUCCUGUACCUUUUGAUAUACAGAGGCUGAGAUGUCGCUGCAACUUCCAUGCGCUGAGAUUUGUUCCGGAGCUACAAAAAUUGGGGAAAGUGAUUGCAGAAAGGAUGCGAGACAAGCACUCCCGCUGGGGCCCUAGUGAUGAUGAGUUUCACGUUGAUGUAAACAAGUACUUGGCAGGAGAAAAAGUUCAAAUACGAUUUGCCAAACCUGUUGCCAAGUACCUGGCUGUGCACUUGCGAUUUGAGAUGGAUAUGGCAGCUUAUUCUAUGUGUGAUUUUGGGGGAGGUGAAGCUGAGAGAGAAGAGCUUCGAGCUUACCGGGCUGAGCAUUUCCCAAUCCUUGCACAGAUGGAGAAGGAUGGACAGUUGGGUUCGGCUGAACUCCAGAGGGAGCUUGGUCAUUGCCCUCUGAUGCCAGAAGAGGGCUUUUUGAUGUUAGCUGCGCUGGGGUUCAAAAGAGGAACCAGAAUCUAUUUAGCAGGAUCACACAUGUAUGGCGCGGAAACAAAGAUGACGAUUCUGAAGUCUCUGUACCCCAAUAUAGUGACCAAGGAGGAUCUACUGACGGCGGAGGAGCUUCUGCCAUUCCGCAAUCAUUCUUCCCAGUUGGCAGCACUGGACUUCUUAGGCUGUGCAUUGGCAGAUGCAUUUGCUAUGACUGAUUCGGGCAGCCAGCUCUCAUCUCUUGUUUCUGGUUACCGAAUCUACCAUAGUUCAGGCCAUGCUCCAACAAUACGUCCCAAUAAGAAACGGUUGGCAAUCCUGUUUGACAGCAACGCCACCAUUGAAUGGAGUUUUUUUGAAGAGAGGGUUCGUAAGCUUGUUAAAGAGACCAAAAGGAUUGCUGUUCGGCCGACCUCUCGCAGUAUUUACAGACAUCCGAGGUGUGAAGAGUGUAUGUGUAAACAUGAUGUUUAGAGUAAAAGACAUGAAGGCUCAAUUCUUGCUAGUGCAGUGUGAAACCCAGUUUUGUGGAAGCGAAUUAUGUCAUCCUGUGCUGCACCAUACCAUGCUUGCGAGUAGAUGGAGCAAUUGUGCUUUGCUUUCACACACAAGUUUUAGAACAUAGCUGGAGCCAAGCUGUGAGCUAUGGUGGAAAGUUCAGCCGAGUAUACUAUCCGCUGAUGUGCCUUCCCUUCGACAUUUCAAAUGACAUGUACCAUUGUAGAAAUAAAAGCGGGGUAAGAGCAACCAAUCUACCAGGACAUUUCAAUGUAAUCCACAAGCCAUAAUGCCAAAUCUGAAAGGAGUUCCUUACCAGUGAA